AUGUUUGAAACAGAAAUAAUAACUGCUGCUGUUCUUGCUUCGUUUGUUGGGAUUCUAACGUUAGUAUGGCUUGUACAAUCGAUUCAAGCAUCCUGUCGCCCGCCACAGUUGACUAUCAUCGUUCUCAUUUUUUAUCUGACCAAUUUCGCUGAAAUGGUAUUUCGUGGAACAAUUUACUACUCAACACUAGACACAACAACUAAUUUAAUAAUCAUCUCGGUUCUCACAGUCGUCGGACAACGUAUGCAUAUUUUAGCCAAUUAUGGUUUCAUCACUAAAGUCCUUGGCUAUCAAUGGAUGUUAUCGCGACUUAUUCUUGUCGGAGCGCUGUUGAUUAUGAUGGUUUCCAAUAUUCUUGCAAUCGUUUCUGGAAUGCAAUUGACCAAUCCUUACACGAUUGCAAGUGGUUUUCAAUUGCGUCAAAUCUCAGCAGGUCUUAAACUUGCUUUAGCUGUUCUAUUCUAUCCAAUCUGGUUCGCAACGAAAGCAUUCAAAGACACGACAAAGCAAGGUAUUGUGCUGUUACUUAUUUCAAGCGUCACUUGCUUAGUAAUUGCUAUAUAUGAUGUGAUUACAUCGAUACCACAAUACUAUAUUAUUACAAGUCAACAGCAAAUGUGGUUUUUCAUCUUUCAAUUAGCGCCUACUCUGAUUGCACUCAUCGUUUGGGCAGUUUUACAUCCAAAGCGAAGUUUAGUAAUAAGACGUUGA